UAAAACUCCACAUAGGGAAGUGAGCAUUAGUCUGCAUCAUUACCCAGCAUUUUCUGAGAACAGCUGAUCCUCUCGGCUGCAUCAUCCGUUGGUUUGAGUCACAUUUUACGUCUGCUAUAUAAGGACUCAUCUCAGACACCUAAAAUCAACCUUCAGGUGUACUUUGGACUUCAUCACACACACCGAAGCAGAAGCAGAAGCAGAAGCAGAAGCAGUGCUCGUGUUCAGUCAAGAUGAAGCUGCUGGUGAUCGUUGCAGCUGUUCUGGCUGUUGCCAGCUGUGCCAGCCUCUCGCUGGAAGACCUGGAAUUUCAUGCCUGGAAGCUGAAAUAUGGGGUCAUCUACCACUCUCAGGCCGAGGAGGCUCUUCGCAGACAAAUUUGGCUGGAAAACCGCAAAGCUGUGCUGGUUCAUAACAUCAUGGCAGACAAAGGAAUCAAGUCUUACCGCCUUGGCAUGACCUACUUUGCUGACAUGCACAACGAAGAAUACAAACACCUGAUCUCUCGGGGCUGCCUCGGCUUCAACGCUUCUAUGCCCCGUUCUGGCUCUACCUUCUUCCGGCUGCCUAAAGGCACUGAGCUGCCCAGCGAGGUUGACUGGAGGGAAAGGGGAUACGUCACUGGUGUCAAGGAUCAGAAGGCGUGUGGUUCCUGCUGGGCCUUCAGUGCAACUGGCUCGCUGGAGGGUCAGACCUUCAAGAAGACAGGAAAACUGGUGUCCCUGAGUGAGCAGCAAUUGGUGGACUGCUCUGGUGACUAUGGCAACAUGGGCUGCAAUGGAGGCCUGAUGGACUAUGCCUUCAAGUACAUCCAGGCCAAUGGAGGGAUUGACACUGAGGACUCCUACCCCUAUGAAGCUGAGGAUAUGAAGUGCCGUUUCAACCCCAAAACUAUCGGCGCCACAUGCACAGGCUACGUUGAUGUGCAACAAGGUGAUGAAGACGCCCUGAAGGAAGCCGUGGCCACCAUUGGACCAGUAUCUAUCGGCAUCGAUGCCUCUCCAGUGUCCUUCCAGCUCUAUGAAUCAGGAGUGUACGAUGAUCCCGAGUGCAGCGCCACUGAGUUGAACCAUGGCGUUCUGGCUGUGGGUUAUGGUACCGACAAUGGAAAGGACUACUGGCUGGUUAAGAACAGCUGGGGUCUGGCAUGGGGAGACAAUGGAUACAUCAAGAUGUCCAGGAACAAGGACAACCAGUGCGGUGUUGCCACUGCAGCCAGCUACCCCCUCGUGUAAACAAGCCUAGAAGUUUCCUCAAUGAGGAGAAGAACUCUGAAGUAUAAUUUACCUCUUUUUUUUUCCUGAAAGAAACUACCUAGUACUGUACUUUUGUUCAUUCUUGGACAUUAUUGGAGCAUAGACUCUGUAUUUACACUGUUGUAUUUUAAUAGAAACGCUUGUAAUGAAGAUUGUAAACAAAUGCAAACAAAUAAAAAGUUUCACGCUGAGCUAUAAAAAUGA